AGUCUCGGCCCUCUUGCUUCCCUCCUCCUCAUGCUUCUUCCUGAUCUCAGCAGCACAACUUUUGCUUUAUGUCACUGGAGGUGAGAGCGGUGCCCCCUGUGUGCCAAGAUCUCGCCCUGACCUUCAUCGGCCGCGGGGAGAAGGGGCACUGCUGCUGCACCAGCCCCCCCCUGACCGCCCUGCUCUGAUCACUUCUACUUACUCUCCUAAAACUUUGUACUUCUGCUGCCACCAGCCCCCCAGUCUGCUGCUGUUGUCGGUAGUGCCUCCCAGUGGCACACCCCCGACACCUGCCCCACCUGCCCGCUGAUUUCCAUCUCUGCUCCCAGCUGCCCCCAAUCACACCCCUCCGCCACAUGACAAGGGUUCACUGCACCACCCUUCAUUCGGCCUGAUCCCUCUUCUGACUCCUCCGCUCCCAUCCCAUUUCUUCGGGUCCCAGGAUGGACCUCUGGUGGGCUCUCCUGUACGCCAUGCUCCUUCUCGGCCCCUUGCUCCUCAUGCAAGUGAGCAGCACCUUCAAGUUCCACUUUAAAGUCUUCUCCUAUUGUGUCUUAUGCCUUACCCUGUCUGCCCUGGCGGUGCCCGUGUGCCUGCUGAGGAAUGGAGGCCGGACGGUGGACAACAUGAGGAUCAUCCGGGCGUUUGUGCGCACCAUGAAGUACGUGUACGGCCUGCGCUUCCAGGUCAAGGGUUUGGAGAACUUUCAGGUCGACGGACCCUGCGUCAUCAUCUCCAAUCAUCAGAGCAUCCUGGACAUGAUGGGUUUGAUGGAAAUCCUGCCGCCUCGCUGCGUGCAGAUCGCCAAGAGGGAGUUGAUGUUUGCCGGCUCGGUGGGCCUCGUCACCUAUCUCGGAGGGGUCAUUUAUAUCAACAGGAAACACACACGUGACGCCAAGUCUAUCAUGGCCGGGGUAGCGCAAGCCAUGACAGAUGACAAUUUGAAGGUCUGGGUGUAUCCUGAAGGCACCCGGAAUAACAGCGGAGAUCUGCUGCCCUUCAAGAAAGGAGCCUUUCAUCUGGCGCUUCAGGCGAAGGUUCCCAUCAUCCCGGUGGUUUAUUCCUCCUUCACCAGCUUCUACGACAAGAAGAAGAGUUUAUUCACGGGCGGAAUAAUCAAAGUAGAAGUCCUUCCGAAAAUAGACAUUUCAGGAUUGAAGGAAGAGGACAUCUCGGGCCUUACAGAACGCUGCUUCAAUGACAUGAGGCAGGUCUUCUUCAGACUCUCCGGUAAACCUUACACCCCCAUAAAACAAAGCUCCUCAAGACAAUAGAGCUGCUGAAAGACUGAGAAUGGGAGCCUUAAUGGACUGUGCUGCGCAGGUCUCUGCACCAAGUGCUCGCACCUCUCAAAUUGUGAGGUGAAGUCAUCCAAGCUGCUUCAUUGCUUUAUGUCCGAGAAACUUUGGAAGUGCCUCAAAUUUUCACUUUACAUCUUUAUUAUUUUAGGGACUGGACCAAGUCCCUA